AUGGCGUCCACCGCUACUCCCCAGAGUUAUCCCUCUCCUCCACCGAGUUUCAACGGAGGAGUGUCGCCCCCAGCAGCAUCUACAGCACCUCACAGACCAUCAGACAAUGCUCUCGAUGCUAAUGACCUCGAAGAACCACCGCCGUAUACCGCUAGUCCCUCGGUGUACUCUGGAGAAACAACAUUAGAACAAGGUCCUUCAAGACCUUUCCAACCGGCUCCUAGGCCACCAGCACAACAAAGGCCAUAUCUGACACCUCAGGCAACGGGCACCUCGUCUUUCUCGACAUCUGCGUCUUCAGUGAAUCGCUCUGCCGGAUCUGUUCUACAUCAACUUACAACCUCACUCACCAACUCUGUCAACGCUGCCAUGAACAGUCUCAAUACACCUCCUCCUCCUCCUCGUCCUGUAUCGCAGCAAUCAUGGGCGUCUUACCCUGGCCGACAGCCGCAGCAACAACAUUCAUUGGCUCCACCAGCACCAUCUCAGUCAGCUCAGAGCUAUCGACCGCCUGGAGGGCCACCACCCUUGCACCCUUCUUCCACUAUAUCUCGACGGUCGUCCGAGUUUGCGCGUGAUUUCUACGCCGCAGGCGCUGUUGAUGAAUCAAGUGUUAAUGCGAAUGCAACUGGAACGUACAUGCCGCCACCCGGGUCUCCACCUCAGAACCUACCACAGCGUCCAAGUAAUAUCAGCACAGCGUCCACAUCUUCUGCUGCAUCAUCUACGCCAAAUGAUGGUCGACCCACAAAUCAUCCUUCGAUCGGACACCCAUUGCUAAAGGAUGGGAAAUUGCUCGUGUAUCCCAAAGGCUUCGAAUGCCCAAAAUGCCAUAACAUAGGAUAUAAAGACGCCGACCCACUGCGCCCAUGCAAGAAAUGCUGGUCUAAAUACGCAAAACCAUUUACCGGGCCGCUCGUUUACUCCUUUUCGCCUCCUUCUCCCACUUCCCCCAAUACAGCUGCGCAGAACCUCCAACGUCCUUUGCCUCACCCACCGCCGCCCAAACCGCCUCCGAUUCCACCAGCCAUAUCGUUUAACGCGCCGCCUGCACACUUCGCUCCCGGUGGGUAUAUGACCAAUCACCACGGUGGAUUCACGACACCGCCGACUGGUGUUCACCCAUGGCAGACUAGGCUUGGGGCAGGCAUCCCUAGACCCCCGAAUGGGUCUGGAGCUGUUGUAUAUUCUGCGGGAGACCCAAGGAUUGGAGGGAGGCUGUGUUGGAGGUGCGACGGGAAGGGCAACACGAGUUUCAUGCUUCUGGAUAGAAUAACAUGUCCUGUUUGCGGAGGUAUUGGCAGGACGUUCCAGUGA